AUGAAGUCGGGCCACCCAGGACUCCUCGAAGUGCUAGGAGACUUGGAGUGGAGUCUUGCAGUUCUAUGGAGUGAUAAUGUAGCAAGACACGACAGAUAUGAAAGAAAUCAAAUGAAUUCCAUACCGUUGCAAUAUGAAAGUUUGAAAGCAGUUCUACUUUACAUGGAUGCUAACAUUCGGUUCAAAAUUUCCCAACGACUACCCACAAUACGCAUUACGGAAAAAGUUGUGCCACUCAAAGUUCGAAGUUUGAAAUUUGACGAGUAUAGGACCACUGUCAAUGACACCACAUAUCAAUUGGGCAUCUAUCGGGAAUACAAUUCUGGCGAAACAAUUGCAAGAGAGAUUCAGUGGUACAAUGAAUACGGUGGAGUUCCACAUGACCUGGAUAGGCAUGGAUUUCAAAUUUCACCUGGCAACACUGUGCUUACUCCAGGAGACGUUUCAUUUGGAGGUUAUAAUAGGCGUGAAUUUCGACACGAUACAAUUCAAAAUGAACGAUUAUAUCGGGAGAUGUUGAAAGGUUAUGAGAAGGCCUUGUUUUUAAAGACCAAUUCCGAAAUUACUGAAAGUGACCCGAUUGGCCAAUACGUGAGACGUGGAUUAGAAAUGCCGCUUGAUACGUUAAAGUAUCGUAUCGAUAAUCUCUACACUGCGCUUCUCCCGUUCGAAUGCCGUCGUUUCAAUCUAAAACCACCGUAUGUCUGCUAUAUUCAACUGACAGUCCAAACCGGAAACAAGAAACAAAUCGAGCGAUUUCCUUGUAAAAUGAAACUUUAUGAAGCAAUGAAGCUCUUGAACAAUUGUUUGUUCGGAGACAGAAGUUCAUCAAUCCUAGCUGAAAAAUUUCGUUUGCCCCGCGAAAGUAUCAUUCUGAGAUUGCCGGUUCAGUUCAAAGUUAAAACUAGAAAUCUAGAAAACGUGUUUGGUUUGACAUUCCUCAACGAUGCUGUAAUCUCAAUGCUUGACCCGUCUUCUCUUUCAUUGGAUUCAGUGGACAUUUUUAUAAUAGAUGGAAGAGAUUUUCAAUUACCCAUUGUAUCUUGUGCAAAAAAGUUGAUAAUUAGUUACAUAGGACCCGCAGAGGAUUUUUCAGAUAUUCUCAGAGGAUGUCCUAACCAACAAGUAUAUCUACCAUAUAACUGUAGGUGGUACAGAGUCGAGCAACUGUUGAAUAUUGUUCUGAGUUGGUUCGAGAAACCUGUUGGGUCCUGUUUUUCACAGGAAGUCACGAAGGAAAAGACAGUGAAAGAUUUAUUCAAGUUAAUCAAAACCCGUGUAGAAAAAACAAAGAGAACGAAAAGAUGCAUCUCAACAAUAACUAAAGAUUCCACGAGACUGGAGGUGUUUUACGUACCAAUCAAAAAUUCAGGCGGUCAAAAAACUGUUAACUCUAAAUGGGUUCUCAAGAUCCGAAUCGUUCGAUUGUGA